GGUCUGCGUGCGGCUGGCCGCGGCCGCUAACCUUGCCCUGCCUGGCCCCCUCCGCCGGCACCACUGCGCAUGUGUGAGUGAGCGCGCGGCUGGCGCGGCCUACUGACAACGACAGCGCGUUCAGUUGCAAAAUAUUACAACAGGCCGCGCGUGUACCGCGUGAAAAAUGGCGCCGAACACGGAAAUUUUUAUAGGAACAGUGAGAAAAUAUCCUGAACUUUAUGACAAUUCGCACUGUGACUACAAGAACACUGCCGUAAAGAAUAGAAUUUGGGAUGAUAUCGCCGAAAUGCUUGGCGAAUGCGAUGGAGAUACUUUAAAAAAACAAUGGAAGAACUUAAGAGAUGCUUACAGUAAGCAUUUGAGAUCCUGCAAUGCAAAGCCAGGAGAAGAGACAAAGCUUAUAGACCGAUAUAGAUGCUGGCCAUGGGCAUCAGUUAUGAGCUUUUUACGCCCACAUUUGGAAAUAACUGAAACACAUUCAAAUAGACAAAGAAAUAGCGAAAAAGCUGGCGCAUCACAUUCAAUAAAUACAUCUUCAUCAAUAGAAUUAGAUACUCAAUCACAGCAAAUUGAGAUAAAAUUUGAACCUCAACAUGAUAUUCAGCACAUGCGUACUCAACGUAAACGAACUAAACAAAGUCAGUCAAACCUCGAUAAUGUUCUAAAAUUCAGGAGUAAGAAAACAGAAAAAGAUGAUGAUACAGAUCUACUUUUUAAAUCAUAUGCAAAGAAAUUAAAGAAAAUGUCAAAUCGUCGUCAAGCGACAGUAAAAUUCAAAUUUGCCAAGAUAAUGUUGAAGGCAGAACUUGAAGAAGCUGAUGAAAUGCAGUCUAACUUGGAAGCGGCACAGUAUCAAGAAAAUGAUAUGGUCAUGAUAAUACAACCACCUGCUAGCAGUGCUGGUUCAGAUACAGAUGACUAAUAUGUAAGAUAUCUUCGCCAUUUAUAUUUUUUGAAAAUAUUGAGUCGUCAACAAUUACCCAUCAUAUCCGAAUUUUAUUGACUCAAGUCUAUAAUAAAUAAUAAUAUGACGAACAUUAAAGAAAGAAGACAUGAAUUUUUUACUUUGCUACUAUCAAUUAUGAUAGAUAUUACUGAGUUUUACUAUUGCACAAAUUAAAU